AUGGAAUGGCAUUCUUCUGAGUUCGACGUGGAUAAUGGCUCGUCGCCAGGGCGCAUCCCGCUGGACCCCAUGGUCAGCCCGGGGUCAGGGCUCUUCCUGCAGGCCAACAUUGUCCACAGCCAGCGGAGAGAGUCCUUCCUCUACCGGUCCGACUCGGACUACGACCUUUCACCCAGGUCCAUGUCCAGGAACUCCUCCAUCAACAGUGACAUCCAUGGGGACAACUUGAUAGUCACGCCAUUUGCACAGGUACUGGCUAGUUUGAGAACAUUACGGAAUAACUUUGCUGCACUAACCAACUUGCAGCAAGACAGAGCUUCAAACACGUGGUCCCCUAUGUGUAACCAACAACCACCCAUCAUCAAGUCCUCUUUCUCAGAGGAGGCCUACCAGAAGCUGUCCACGGAGACYCUGGAGGAGCUGGACUGGUGCCUGGCCCAGCUGGAGACCCUGCAGACCAGACACUCUGUCAGCGAGAUGGCCUCCAACAAGGUAAGACCACUAUCUACUUAGUAUUAGUAGUAAUAAUUAAGUAGUAGCUAUCUUCACAACACUCGCUAUGUGCUU